GGCUGAUGAGAGUGGGAGUACAUGUAUUACUACUCUGUUUUGUUUUGUUGCAGGUUCUGCAUGUUUAGUUUUAAUUUAAGCAAGUAUACCAAGUAUCUGUCUGCGGAGCAAUUAUUGGCGUAGCAGUUGUCGCAUUUUUGUCUGCGGAGCAAUUGCCAUGGAACCGUUUGCCAUAAUCCACCCCAUCAUCCACGGACAUCAUCAUGCAGGGUUGCUUACAUCCUAGGGGCACCAGUUGGAUUUGCACCUAUGGCAGAUACAAAACAACUUGUGGCUCUUCAUUAAUUAUGCAAAGGAAGGAUACUUAGAUUGACUUUAGUUUUGAUCUUCAUCAUCCAUGACUGAUCAGAAACGGCUGCAGGAUUCUGCUGAAGAGAUAGCUGAAGUCUGGUCUGUAGGCACAGGCACAGACAGUGAUUGAAAGAUUGAUCAACAAGUGGAUCUCAAAUUAGACUAGCAUAUAUGAGCAAGAAGAAGAAGAUCGAAGAGGGCCUUCAGUACACAAGUCAUCUUGAGUGAAAGUUUGCCCAGCAGACUUGCCAAAGACCUGGUCCAAUUCAUAUUGGUUUGCUGGAGACCCCAAGCAGACUUGGCACAUCCUGUGAAAGAAAGAGGAGGGCAACAAUUUUUUUGAUAAUUCAUGAAACCUUAUUAUAAAAAAUUGAGGGUUAUAGCUAAUUCAGCUCAUAAUCUAUUAGAUGCAAAUAGGAAUAUUUUAUGCUGUUUUGUGAAAUUCAGUCAGUGACAUUGUGACACAUACCAUAGAUUAAGUGUAUUGUUGUUUGAGAUGGACGAGCAAGGGUAUGGAGAAAUUGUGUGUUUUCUCACCACCAAACAGUUUCCUGAGCGAAUUACGGGCAAGGAACCUGCACAAAAGUAUCGACUAGCACAGAAUGCAUUCAGGAAAAGAAUAAAGAAAUAUGAAUUAUGUGAUGAAAAACUGUUCUUCAGAAAGGGCAUGACAAGAUUAAAAGUAGUACAAGCUUCAGAAAGAGAGCAGUUGUUCAGAGAAUUUCAUGAUUCUCCUUCUGGUGGUCAUGGGGGCCUGAAUGUGACCUUCAAGAAAAUAUCUCAGAGAUAUUAUUGGCGAGGGCUGAUGUCUUAUCUUAAAUUCAAGGUGAAGCAGUGCCAGGUUUGCCAAAAUAGAGAACUUUGGCCAAACAUGAAUUUAGCAUUGAAAGAACAGAGACAAGGAAAGAGGAAAACAUCUGUUAAAAAGACUGCAGGAGGAAAGGCAAACAGCCCUCUAACCACCCAUGUCCUAGACACUGCCAGGGGUUCACCCGCUGCUAAUCUCAGGAUUGAAGCCUACUACAUUAUGGCUGGACAAUGGAAGAAAAUUGCAGAAGGGCAAACCAAUUCUGAUGGUAGAUGUCCAGGUCUCCUGACCACUGACCAAUUCCUCCCAGGAGUAUAUAAACUCUACUUCGACACAGGCUCCUAUUUCACUGCAAAUGACAUCAAGGGAUUCUAUCCCUUUGUAGAGAUCGUGUUUGAGAUAGAAGAUGUUAACCAGCACUACCACGUCCCUCUGCUUCUAAGUCCCUUCUCCUAUUCCACCUAUAGAGGGAGUUGAUAAGCUUGUGAAUCGCAGUCAAAGCAGAAAUUCUCUAGGAAAUUGAAAAUGAACAUUGAGAAAUCAAAGACAGUGGAAGAAGGCAUUGGAUCGGAGCAGGAAUACAGGAAAGGAACAUUUGUGAAAUGCAAAAAAUUAUAAUAAAUUUUUUUUUUUGGAGGCUACUGCCUUGAUCUGCAACAUUGGAGAAGCAAACAUUGCAAUGAAUGAGGAUUUUCCAAGGUACUAUUAGGCAUUUCAGGGGCUAAAUUGCCCCAUGAGUCUGCACGUAAUUUUCCCCCUGGUUUGUGAUCCGAUUGACCGACUCGAUCUUACAGAAUAAUAAGCUUUGCCCUAAUUUAUGUGUUACAUGGAUUUCUGUUGCUUUUCUCACAGUCUUUUGACAUCAAACUGUAAUUUGUGAUUGAUUUCCCAUUUAAGCCAAAGACACUCACUGGCUUCAAGAAUUUCGUCAAACACUUUAUCUCAUUUAGAGAUCUUCCUUAAAAUUGAAUUUAAGAAAUAGAAAAUCAACAUGAAAAGUGAUGUCCUUAUUGAUUUCAUGGGAUUCCCAUAAAAUGAUUUGUGCUUUAAUAUUGAAAAAAAUAUGAAUAUUAUCGAAUUUUGAAUCAUUGCAUAUUUUGUUCUUGAACAUAUUUUUAACGUUUUAUAUUUAUUUACAAAGAGAAUGGCAACAUAUGAUUCACUUGCCAUCAAAUCCAACUUCAACGAAAAUUGAAUUUUGAUUGAUUGGAUGAUUAGCCCAAAUUACAAGGGUAUUUGUGGUAGGUCUUAUGCGAUGAUGCCCAUAUUUUUCAUUUUCCUUUAACAGUUCAAUACUAGCAAGUCAUACCUAAUGAUUCUCCCAACAUUGAAAGAUGAAAAAUAUUGUGGGCCCCAUUGCAUAAAACAUACCACAAUGUAAUUCUGGCUAAACAAACAAAAAAUUGAAAUAAAUUUUUACGGUAGAUAAAAUUGAUGGAAAUCUAAUCAUGUUGCCAGUCUGGGUUCUAUAGAUAAUGCAUUGUCAGAGAAUAAAGAAUUACAUUACAUGUUUUUUGAGGAUAUCCUACCUUUAAUUGAUCGGAAUAAACAGGUAUUAUGUACGAUUAUUCUUUUAUGAUAAAAUUAGUUGUCGUAAGAGAUUGGUUAGGGAUUAGCAGAAUUAUGAAUCAUGUAAUUUAAUGCAACUACCUUUGUCAGGGCUCCGUAACGCCAAAGUAGUGUGAAACUGCAAACUUGCAUUUUUAUGCACAUUUUUUUUUCAACCAGUCUGGUCAGCUGUAAUUCAGUGACAUUGCCCGUAUAUUAUGUUUGUAAAAUGUUUACGAUUUAGUUACUAUUUGGCAUAAUUGAUUAAAUCUAAUGCCAGAUAUGA